GUGUGUGUUUGUAAAAUCAGUGUCAUGGCGGUCGGUAUCAUGGCGGCUCGUACUCCGGUGUCUCUUUUGUCUCUCUACCUCCUCGGUUGCUUCCUUCAGGUCCUCAUCCAAGGACAGGGUAAGACCUCUGACCUUCGACCUCUUCCGUUUUCUUGUCCGGAGGUUCACUUUGUCUCCAGGUUGAUUAUUUUCGACGGCUCAUCUCGUUUCGAAGCGAUUCAAACUGAUAAUGGGGCAUCAAGAGUUAAACAUGUCAAAGAGGAAAGAAAGACCUAAUGUGCAUCAGUGGGACCUGAAAUCAGGAACACAGUUUGUAAUGAUUGGAACAGAAGCUGAUAUAUUAAUAUUCAGACUAAUAAUAAAAGUUAUAGAUUCAUUAUCUAACAUGAACAAGAAUCUAACGAAGGACUUGAAAUGAGUCAAGACAGCUGAACCUCUCCUUAUGCAAAACUCUUAAAAAUAAUAACAUAUUCCGUAAAUAAAUAAAAACUUAAAAAUAUAUAUAUAUAAGAAGAACUCGAGCGUUAUCCAUAUAUUCACCUCUUACUUUUACUAUCUAACUUUUGAGGUUUCGUCAAGUGGAAACUUGAGGAACUGCAGGUUUUGGCACUUCCACUUUGGCUUUAGUUUCUCCAGACUGGAGGUUAUCGCAUUAAUUUAUCCUUAACAAAUACCAAAAUAUGUCUUACCUGCUGCAGUAUUUCAAGCUCCACCCGUCAGCGACAUCUUCCUGCGGUCCAAACGGGCCAAUAAGUACCUGUUAGAGGAGAUCCUGCAGGGGAAUCUGGAGCGCGAGUGUUACGAGGAGUGGUGCACCUUCGAGGAAGCCCGAGAGUACUUUGAGGACGACGACCAAACGGUGUGAAUCAACAAAUGGUUCAGCUCUUUGUGAAUAAUGAUGCUCCUUCAGAAAUAAGUUCAUUUUUGACCUCUGGUUCUGUUUGUUUCUCCACAGAAAGAGUUCUGGAAAAAAUAUCAAGGUUAGUCUCCUUUUGCUUUCACUUAUUUCUACUUUCUUGUUUUCACGUCUGAAGGUAUGAUCUGUGUAGCUGAAGCUCCUCCAAUUUCACCCCGGAAUAUCCCUUUAAGUUCACUUUCUUCUCCUCUGAUUGGUUUGAUCGACUCAGAAAGUAAUCACUGUGAGCCAAACCCCUGCCUCAAUGGGGGGAUGUGCACUGAAACAACAGGCGGGUUUAUCUGCUUAUGCCCCAACCCAUACUACGGUAAGACCUGUGAAUUGGGUUCGAUAGCGCUGGAUGACGUAAACCUGGAAGAUGGAGGAGACCCCCCGACAGCCCCGCAGAUCAACGUGGCAGGUUUGACCCCAUGAACCGUAACCCCUUUUUUGAAGUUCUGGUAUCAUCUGCUUCAGCUUUUCCCUCUUUUUACUUCAGAACUGUCGGAGUGUCCGACUGACGGUCCAACAGCUUGUCAGCAGCUGUGCACGGCAUCCUACUACUCCUUUGAGUGUUCCUGCAUACCGGGGUUCAGAUUACAGAGUGACAAACGCACCUGUGAACCUAAAGGUCUGAGCCUGCCCCGCCAAAAUAAAACAUCUAAUUAGCUUGAUUAUCAAACCAGGUGAGGCUGUAAUCACUGAUGUUUAUUUUCUUAGUGAAGUUUCCGUGUGGACAAGUUCCCGGUGGAUUCAACUCGACUAGAUCCAUGUGUCAACAUGGAAAAUGUCCCUGGCAGGUAGGAUCGGCUCAGAUAAAGACGCCAUCAACUGAAAAUACACCGCUGAUUUUCAAAAAUCGGUCCCCAGGUGUCCCUGAUGAACUCCAGAGGACUGGAGCUGUGUGGUGGCGUUGUGCUGGGUCGACACUCCGUCCUGACCGCUGCUAGCUGCCUCUUCAUCGAAUCUGGGCCAGAGUACAACCCCAAACCUUCAGACUUCUACGUGAUUGCCGGUAAAUCUGACCCCACAUCAUCACUUUGAUGAUUUUAAAGGUCUUUCACGUUAAAGUCACCUUCGAAACUCUUCAGCUGACACUGUCUCGAUGAUUUUUACCUUUCUAGCUCGAAGAGGGUUGGCAAUCAAGGUCCGUGCUCUCUACAUCCACAGUCGAUAUCGUAAGAAUCACCAUGACAAUGACCUCGUCCUCAUUGAACUCGCCGUCCCCGUACCCUUCAGCUCCCGAAGCAUCCACCUCUGUCUGCCCACGAAGGACUUCUGCGAGAACAUCCUGAUGCAGUCUGGGAGGACGGGAAUCGCCAUGAGAGAGGAGUACAGUCCGACGGAGCAACUGGUCUACAUGACCCUGGACGAGUGUCGUGUUCAGCUGAACGCCUCACAGCCACUCAGCAACAAAAUGUUCUGUAUGAAGACUCAACAUGAGCCUUCAGGGACCAGAACGAGAGCUCAGAGGAGCUUACAUGGACAUGUAGGGAGUCAAAACGAAACCCAAGGGGAACAGGAAGGACUUCUGAAAAACCAAAAUGACACCCAGAAGCGGCUGAGCGGACAGGGUGUGAACCAGAGUCAAACUCUGGAGAGUCAAAACGCAGCAGGAGACACCGACAGGUGCGGAUAUAAUUUUUGUCUUGAGCCUGAGGAGGACAGUCGGUUAAGAGACGAGGUCGACAGCAGGCGGUGUGAUGGUAUCUUACAGGGGACGCCUGUUGUUACCAUGGACCAAGGGACGGUGUUCGUGACGGGGCUGCUGAUGCCGUCAUCUGCGGGUUGUAAUGGCGGCAGCGGCAAGCUGGUGUUUACAAAACUGUCUCGCUAUCUCAACUGGAUCAAUCCGAGGCUGGAGGUCGUCGAGGAUCGCAUGACCCCGCAAGUCAACCAAUAUCCCGGAAGUGACUGACAAGCUGCCCACCGCCGUUUUCAAACUCUUCUUAGGCUAUAUUCACACUGCCAUAUUUUAACCAUAACCAUAUGUAACCAUAUGUGUGUGAACAGCAAUUCUGAUUUGUUCUAAUCUGACCCAGGCCUCUUCUGUAUGUGGAUAUAAAUCAGAUAUGUAUCCGAUGUGAUUGCAGUGUGGACUAUCAGGUCGCAUUCGUCCGAUCUAUACGUCAUCAAAACGCGACAAUCGUCACCAUUGUUUGACAACACAGACAGGCGCAGAACGCAAUUUGUGCUCUGCGCGCAUGCGGGUCACUUCACAGGUGUACUCCGGUCACAUUAGACGCUGAUUUGUUGUUGUAACAUGAACGACCGCACAAAAGAUUGGAUUUAACAAAAAAUCUGAAUUGUGCAUCAUAACCUGCAGUGUGAACGUAGCCUAAGUCACCCUGAAAAACUGCGAUCAUCGACUUUUCACUUGAGUGUAACUUUAAUCUGACGUGUUUGUGAUGUUAUCAUUAAAAAAACAUUAAUUUACAAAAGGCCGGGAUGUUGUGGAAAACAUUGUUGAAUUUCAAACCAUCAAACUCUGAUUUUAUUAUCAUUUUUCUGACCAGCUGUUGGUUUGGCACAUUUAAAUGUAAAGACUCCAAUACCCACAAUGCACUGCUUAAGCAUCCAGCCACCUUGAACCAUGACUAAUAAAAUAAUUUACAACACUGA